AUGUCAAACAACGCGACGUAUUCGCCUGGAACGUUCAAAAUCCGGAGUUCACAGAAUAGCGUGACCAACGCAAAGGGGAAAAAAUCCAAACAUUCAUUUGGCAUACAGCCAAAAACUAGCAAACGGAAAAUUGACAAUAACAUAAAGGAAAAACUGUUCCAGUCGAAACUGAACGCUUACAAAGCCAAACAAAAUGAACUGCUGACCAAUUUCGCGGAAUUAAGUCAACUUUACUACAAGUGUGUUAAACUGUCGAAAACGGUCUGCCCGCCGAAAAGCAAAUACGUCGGAGAUAUCGAAACCGCGGUAAACUAUUAG